AGUCUGACCAGCACAGACAGCCCUUGUGGUGGCAGCCUGGUGGAGGAGCUGCUGGCCGGGGCCAGAGCAGCCCAGAGACAAGAGACCAGAGGACACAGAGGGUAUCAGAGGCAAGAGAGAAAGAGGCCCCAGGAGCAAAGGAGGCAACAGCCAGCCAGGACCUGGACGCAAUGGAGUCAGGCAGGUGCAGCCUGGCCAGGAUGCUGGUGUGCCGGCUCUGGACCACCGUCAGCAAGGCCUUGUUUGCUGAGUUCCUGGCCACAGGGCUGUAUGUGUUCUUUGGUGUGGGCUCAGCUCUGAGGUGGCCCUUGGGGCUUCCCUCUGUGCUACAGAUUGCCAUCACCUUCAACCUGGCCACGGCCAUGGUCGUGCAGGUCACCUGGAAGGCCAGCGGGGCCCAUGUCAACCCCGCCGUGACGCUGGCCUUCCUCGUGGGCUCCCAGAUCUCCCUGCCCCGUGCUGUGGCCUAUGUGGCUGCUCAGCUGGCGGGGGCCACAGUGGGGGCUGCUCUGCUUUACGGAGUCACGCCUGGGGAAGCCCGAGAGACCCUUGGGGUCAACGUGGUCCGGAACAGCGUCUCAACUAGCCAGGCGGUGGCAGUGGAGCUGGUUCUGACCCUGCAGCUUGUGCUCUGUGUCUUCGCUUCCACCGACAGCCGUCAGACCUCAGCAUCCCCGGCCGCCAUAAUUGGGGCCUCUGUGGCGGUGGGCCACCUCAUUGGGAUCUACUUCACCGGCUGCUCCAUGAACCCAGCCCGCUCCUUUGGCCCUGCCAUCAUCGUCGGGAAGUUCACAGUCCACUGGAUCUUCUGGGUGGGACCCCUGACGGGGGCUGUCCUGGCUUCGCUGAUCUACAACUUUAUCCUGUUCCCUGACACCAAGACCCUGGCCCAGCGACUGGCCAUCCUCACAGGCACUGCAGAGGUGGAGAAGGUGGAAGGGGUGGAACCCCAAAAGAAAGAAUCCCAGUCCAGCUCAGGGGACAUGGAAAUGGAGAGUGUAUGUCAGGUGGCAUAGAGCUUGGCCCCCGCCCUCAAGCUUCCGAAAAGAGCCCUGAAAGUGGGCAGCAUGCUUUGUAGGACCAGACUUCAGGUUUUCCCGGGGGAAGGGGGCUUGCAAGGUUGGGUAGGGAAGUUUGGCCUCUUGUCUUAACAGGGUAGGUAGGGAUCACUGACAUUACAAUUCUAGAUGGAAUUUGGGAAGCAAAUCUGUUCAGUUUUCACCUCCUCCACCUCUUUUAAUGGGACAGAGCAGAGGGAGGCCUGGGAAUUCCUGGUUGCCCUCCCUUUCUCAUCUGUCUGGACCCCAGUGGGGUUCCUGGGCCUCCAGAUCCCCAAGUCUUGGGGAAAAGGCAAUUUGAGCCCAGACAGCCAAUCUGCUUAGAGACUGAGGGUUACAGGGGCCUCAGGGAACCCCAACUUCUCACCCCACCCUUGGGGAGGAGGACCCAGACUUCCCAGAAGAGUCGGGCCCUGGGACCACCUCUGAGCUCCCCAGAGGGAUGUGGUUUGGGGGCUGCGGCUCCCUGCUCAGGCUGGGGCCUUUCUGAGGCCAGAGAUUGCCCUCCCGGUAGAUCUUCAUUCCUUACUCCUCCAAAUGCUCAGCAGAGAGCCCCUCCCUCUGAAAGGGCUGACAGGGAGAGGAAACUUCUCCAGGGCUGGUGGGGGGCCAGGGCUUAGGCAAGGGAGGUUGAGGCCAGAUAGCCCCUUCCCAGGGCUUGCUCUUCCCAGGAGUUCGCCUGACUUCCACUCUACAGCCCUAUUCACAGGAACAGUCCUAAGAGGGGGAAGGCCCCAUCCCAGCCCUCAUUCUCAUCCGCAGCCUCAUUUUCAGUUCUGCUGGCAUCCCCUAAAAGCUGUUGAAUAAGUCCCAAGGAUGGGAGGAACUCGGGAAUGACCCAGGAAACCAAGAUUUGCAAUUCAGGGCCUCUGAAAGACCACUGGAGUCUCAUCUGGUUUGUUAAUAGUUACAAGCUGCUGUAAACCUACUCUACCCAUGACUUGGGGUCCUGUUUAGAUCUCAGCUUCCCCAGCUAUAAAAUGGGCACAGCUUUCCCCUAGAGAUGGAUGUUAAAAUGAACAAGAGAUUGGAAAAUGGUUUUGGAAGUUAAAAUGCAGGAAAAACAAACCCAAUAAAUGAUGAUUAUUGUUGCUGUUACUGUAA